AUGUCCUUCUCCUUCGGCUUCAGCGGUGAAGACAUUGAAGAUGAUGGCGAGGUCCAAGAACAAGAUGCUCUCGCGAAAGGCAUGUCAACGCACACCAUCUCUGACGGAGAGCUGAGCGGCGUCCCUGUUCUCUUACCCAAGAGACACUCAUUAGAAGAGCUACUCGCAUCCCUACCGUCUCAGCUAUCAUACACCGUCCUCAAUAUCUCUCCAUCCAGCAGCUCUCAGCAUGUUUCCGGCUUCAGACCCUCCAAAGCCGGCACCUCGAGAGACAACACCGCCACCAUCCAAAUCUACCGCCGCUCCCUCUUCGACAUGCGGGCCCAACUCAUGGCCGAAGCAAACCCCUCUGCCUCCGAAGCAGAUUCUGCGGAAACCCUUUUGGCGGGCCUUGAGAACGGGGACCUCUCUUCCGGGAUCUACGAAGGCGGCUUCAAGACCUGGGAAUGCGCGCUUGACCUCGCUUCUCUGCUCACCAGUUUUCUCGACCAGCACGACAGGCAGGAUUGGGAAAUCAUCGAACUUGGCGCGGGAAGUGCCAUUCCCAGCUUGACAGUUCUGGGAGAGUUUCUCCGUGCAAGAGAGACGAGAGACGAGCCCCAAGACCGCGGACACUUGAGAUUGACGUUGUGCGAUUACAACUUGGACGUCCUCCGGCUGGCUACAGCACCGAACGUAUUUCUCAACUACCUCUUUGCAUUGGGACCGUCGUCGUCAUCAUCGUCAUACUUAACCCAGCAAGCAAAUGAAGACGAAGGGGACGUCGAUCUCGAAGAACUAGGUGGCGAGGCCGGUGCUCUUGUCGGUGGAACCGUCCAGGAUCUCCUCGCCCACAAUAUCUCGGUGGAUUUCAUUUCCGGCGGCUGGGGCUCCGAGUUCGUCGACCUCGUCCUCAACUCACAUCCACGCCCAGAUUCGUCGUCCGCAGCCACUUCAACACCACCGUCCACCAGACCCGCUAACCGCCUCAUCUUGGCCUCCGAGACCAUAUACUCUCCUACCUCGAUCAGGACAUUCUCCCAAACACUCAUCAGCCUGCUGCGAAGUCACCAUCAACAACGAGAUAGCGCAUGCAGUCCGGCCACUGGCACCGCGAAGGCAUGGCUUGCCGCGAAGAAAGUCUACUUCGGCGUUGGAGGCGGUGUCGAUGAGUUCGUGCGCGAAGUGGAGCUCCUGGGCGGGAGGAGUCAAGUCAUCUUUGAGAGAAAGGAUACUGGCAUUGGACGGGUCGUGUUGGAGGUUACAGUGGAGGAGUAA